ACACGGGUGCUGCAUACCAAUACUCACAUCAAGGAUUUCACCAGAACGGUGCAGACAAUGUAGGUACCGGACGUGCACACCAUGCUGUAAUGCCUGGUAGUGAGUCUGAGCCUCAGGGGACUGGUAUAAAAGAAGAUGGGAAAAUGUUCAUCGGGGGAUUGAACUGGGAAACCACGGAUCAAUCUUUGAAGGACUACUUCUCUCAGUUUGGGGAGGUGCAGGAAUGUACUGUAAUGCGAGACAGUGCUACGGGACGCUCCAGAGGGUUCGGGUUCUUGACUUUCCGAGAUCCUAAAACUGUGAACACGGUGAUGGUCAAAGAGCACUAUCUAGACGGGAAAAUUAUCGACCCCAAGCGUGCGAUCCCACGUGACGAGCAGGAGAAGACCAGCAAAAUCUUCGUUGGUGGUGUCAGUCAAGAGGCAAAUGAACAUGAUUUCAAAGACUUCUUCACUCAAUUUGGUCGCGUGAUUGAUGCUACCCUGAUGAUUGACAAGGAUACCGGUCGCCCCCGUGGUUUUGGAUUCGUGACUUUCGAUAGCGAAGCCGCUGUAGAGGCUGCUCUCUCGCGCCCCCUGGAGAUCCUCGGCAAGCCCAUUGAGGUCAAGAAAGCCCAGCCAAGAGGCAAUCUGCGUGAUGAAGAAGACCGCAGGUACCGCCGGGGCAGGGACGCUUUCCGAGAAGGUGGUCAGAUGGGCAGCGAUGGAUCCCAACAGCAGGCGGGUGCUCAAGGGCAAGCUAACAUGGCUGGUGGUCUGACACCACAAAUGAUGGCACAGUAUUGGCAAAGGAUGCAGCAAUAUUUUGCCUUGAUGCAACAGCAAAUGGCUGUCGCCGCCGCUCAAGGUCAAGGGAUGGGCGGCAUGGGGAUGGGUGGAAUGAGCCCUGCCAUGAUGCAGCAAAUGCAAAUGAAGCAGAUGCAACAGAUGCAAAUGGGUAACAACCAACCCCAAAGGAGUCUCAGCCCCCCUUCACAGAGUGCAACUCCCCAGGCAAUGCCGAACAUGAUGAACCCCGCUAUGAUGCAGCAGAUGCAACAGAUGCAACAGAUGCAGACUCAAGGACAGGGUAAUAAUGUUGGAGGCAUGCCGGCCCAAAUGGGGAAUUCCAUGGGAGGAGCAGCGGCAGGUGGUGCUAGACCUGGCUACAACGCCCAAGAACAGAUCGCCUUUGAGCAGCAAAAGUAUGAGCAGCAACAGGUGCGCCGAGCCAUGGAAACCCGGGCCUUUUCCCCAUAUCAUCAGGGCGGACCAACAUCAUGGGAAGGCAUGUAUGAUGAAGUACCUCAGCCUAACAUCCCUACGGGACCCCAGGCCAUGAACCGUGCUGGGAGCAUGGGACGUGGACCUACACCACAACCUCAAAGUGCUGCCCCAGCGAACGCUCCAACCGGGCCUAAGAACGCUGGCAAGCCCGGCGCCAACUAUCGUGGAGGCGGAAGGGGAGGACAUCGGGGCUUCCAUCCCUAUGCCCGGGGAUAGGCUGAUUUCCUGUGUGUGUACCGGUGUAUCUUGCUGUCGUCCUUUUGUCCUUUCUCUUAUUCCUUCCAUAGUUUUGGUUUUCUUUCCGUCCAAGUUAUCUGUCUCCCUGUUGCAGUUCACUUCAUACACCCUGAACUACUUACCUCAUGAUUUGGCCACUGCAACCCUGGGGGGCGAGGUGACGUCUUGCCAGCAAUGAUGAUGUCUAACGUACUGUUCGAGUGAUGCUCUCAUUCGUUUCCUCGGGUGGCUGGAGUCUGUAAUCUCCCUGGAAGAAGGUAACAAGUCGAACUAAAAAACAAGAGUUCAUGUUGCAUAUAAUACAAAUUGGUG